ACGCGGGCAGCACGAAUCUACGUCGUCGUCACAACACCAUUCGCUCAAGUUGGUCGUCGCUGCUACUGCAGCAGGGGAGACUAAAAAUGCUUCGAACUCAGUUGCGCCCAGUAUUCCUGUACAAUGAACACCAGCGUUCGGUGGAGGGAAUCAUCACCUCGUUCCGCCAAUUCUCCGUAACGAAGCAGGUAACAGAUCAACCGCCAGGUCCUCGUCUCACACCCCGCCCUGGCCCUCGCAAAAGGCCUAACAUUCCGCCUGUGAAAACAGGCUCUCAGGAUGCCAGUGCAAGCCGACUUCGUCCUCGUCUACCACAUGUGAUUGAUGCAAGAGCCCUCGCUGCUUCCAAGACUGGUGGCCAAGCAAACGUUCUUCGAGGACCUAGGCUUCAAUACCCUCGAGGUGGAGUACAGGCGGGCGCUCGCAAAUUCAAGAAGUCUUCCCCAAAACCCCGCCGUCCUAGAGCACCCAGGAGUCAGUUGGGAGCGGGGAAAGGUGAUGAUGUUCGGGAAGCAGAAAUUGAAGCCGUCCACCAAGAACUUGCAGAGAAGUCGAGGUCGGUACCUGUCCGAUACGCACCUCAGGCGCAUGACUUCUCGACGAUGCAAGAAACAUGGCCUUCUUUACCAACCGAUGUUACCGCACAGACUGCAGGUGUCCUAGAAAAGCUAUCAUCAAUAAGCGGACGCUUCGCAGACGGAUAUAUUCCACCACAUGAACUGGGCAGGCGACUGUAUCAGGGACAAAGUGUUCGUUUCUUCAGCGAGGAGGAAAAGGCCCAGGCUAUAAAAGAGGCCAAGAAGCUUGCACAAGAACGUGCAGACAAACUGUCACAACGAAAGGGGGAUCUUGUGGAGCCCGAGGAAAUCAAGUUCAACCCAAUGCAUGCUGAGAACCGAAAGGUUCUGGUACAGAGUCUCAUCCAGGGAAUCUACCCCAGGCCGGAGACUCAACAGGCUGAUAAACCUGCAGUUCUUGGGGGCAUCAUUGCCAAUCUCAGGAACAACGAAACAUACCGAACUGCCGGCAAAAGCACACAAUUUCUCACUAAAGUUGAGUCGCUUCUUGCUUCGAGCCGCCCUGCCAAGCGUGCAUAGAACGGAUGAUACAUGAUGUACUAUAUUCUUUCCUUCCUUGUUUAGUAGCCAUAUCUUUCCAAAAUUGUCAGAUAUUUUCUUUAAAGAAAUGUUUCUUCUGUAAUGUAUCUAGUAUUCAGGGAAUAUGAAAAUUAUAUGACAAACAUCAACCAGU